UCUGUUCUUAAUCAGAUAUACGUUCUAGACAGGUCACACAAUACACAAUCAAUUUUAAAAUUAUACAUGAAGAUAAGUACACCUUUAGUAAUUGAUACAUUACUUUGAAUGUACUUAUUUUGUGUUUUAGGAUAAAUUUUGUCGGUUUGUUUUUAUGUGUUAAUGUGUUUAAUAUUACUUAAAAAUUUAUUUAUUCAAUAAAUUAUACAUGCACAGCAUUUACAAACAUUUCACAAUUAGGAAAAUCAGUCUAGAUGAGAAAACAAAUAAAAAACAAUACUUGAAAUAAUAAAGUUUUCAUUUAUACGUUUAUGAUAUGUAAGAUAAAUUAUCUUACAAUUCUAUUGUAGAAUUUCCGUAUGUAUCUUAUAUUAAAUUGACCUAUUUUACCUUCAUGUGUUUGUUGAUAUAUGAAAGUUCUAUUAAAUAAUUUCAACUCAUUUUUUGUAAUUUAAGUCGCUGCAACAGAGUAUUGUUCAAAUGGAUUUAAGUGUUCUUCGAGCAAGAUUUGUGUACCCUUGGAUCAGAUAUGUGACGGACAAAGACAUUGUCCUUAUGGCGACGACGAACUCCUUUGUGGUUUCAAGUGCCCACAAAACUGUACCUGUGUCGGUUGGACAGCUGACUGUCGCGAGAGCGAUUUCGAUAUGGAAGAACUAAGCAUGUUGCCAUAUCACACGAGAUAUUUAGAUCUCAGUAAAAAUAAUAAUGUUAGUGAAAUCUUAGAGGAUUCGUACUUAUCCAUGAACCAACUUGUAAGAUUGAACUUGUCAUACUCUGGUUUAAGGGAACUAUCAGGAAAAGCGUUCACUAAUAUUUACAAUCUAAAGACACUUGAUUUAAGUUAUAAUCUUUUUAGAAUUAUUCGCAGAAAGGUAUUUCACGUUUUGCUACAUUUGACAUCUUUGAAUUUACAUGGCUGUUCUGAAAUAACCACAAUAGAAGCGGGUGCGUUCGAAGGUCUUAUUUACAUACGGAGUAUACAAUUAAAAGGUACAAAGAUUACCAAAAUAUCCGCUUAUACCUUUUCUGGUUUAUCUCUCAAACAUCUAGAUAUUUCGAGUAACAAGAUCGCAGAAAUUGCCGAUUUCGCCUUCGAUGAUCUUUCUGUUGAGGAAAUCGACUUUAAUAACAAUGACAUCAAACAUUUAAAUAGAAAGAUAUUUGCCGGUGUUCGUGAUUUGAAAGAAUUGAAGGCGUCUGCCUACAAAUUUUGUUGCAUCAGGCCAACAUACCUACUUGAAGACGAUUGUUACCCACGGAAAGACGAGUUCUCGUCCUGUGAAGAUUUAAUGCGAUUGUCAGGUUUGCAGACAAUGCUUUGGUUGGUUGGUUUUUCCGCUCUGAUCGGUAACUUCUUCUCUAUCUUGUAUAGACUUGUAUAUGACAGAGAGCGGCUGAAAAUAGCAUAUGGAAUUUUCGUAACGAAUUUGGCUGCAGCAGAUUUUCUGAUGGGAAUAUACCUUAUUAUCAUCGCUAUUGCAGAUGCUGUUUUCAGAAAGCGGUACAUAUAUGAGGAUGAGUACUGGAGGGGAAGUGGAUGGUGCACAUUUGCUGGUGUCCUUUCCACAGUGUCCUCUGAAGCCAGUGUCCUUUUCCUUUGCCUAAUUACACUUGACAGACUUUUAGUUAUAAAAUUUCCUUUCGGACAAAUUAGAUUUGAUUUACUUAAGGCACAAUCAUGCUCGAUUUUUGCAUGGAUUUUUGCAUUUGUUAUAGCUCUGAUACCAGUUGUUUACGAAGGCUAUUUUCAAAAUCAAUUUUACUCAAGAUCUGGGGUUUGCAUUGCUCUACCAUUGACGAGAGAUCGACCGCCUGGCUGGAUUUAUUCCAUAUCAAUUUUUGUUGGUUUAAAUUUCAUUACGUUUACGCUGGUUGCAUUUGGUCAGAUCUCCAUUUUCUUGGAGGUUAAGAAAUCAAGUUCAAGCAUGCAGAAAAUGCACUCUGGUAGGAGGAGGGAUUUGAUUGUUGCAAGAAAUCUUCUUCUCGUCGUUACCACGGACUUUUUGUGUUGGUUUCCAAUUGGUGUUAUGGGUAUAAUGGCACUGAAUGGUCACGUGAUCUCGGGUGAUGUUUAUGCAUGGUCGGCCGUGUUUAUUUUACCAAUCAACUCUGCCCUGAAUCCAAUAUUGUAUACAGUGACUGCCAUAUUAGGAAAAUCGAAAUUUAAUCCUAGCGCGGAGGAACAGACUCGCUCAGAAUUAUCAAAAGAACUGGGCAAUUACAUCAAGGAGUAUCGAAGCAUCAGCCGGAACUUCAGCGUUCGCGAUGCUCUCAAACCUAAAUACAUAUCUGUCGGGGAACUCGUAAACAGUGAUAUGACGGUGUCGGCCUCUGUCACUCUCAAGUUAACAUACGAAUUGUUUCGUUCUCUUGACGUGCUUCAAAGAGCUUUCCUGUUCAUUGGAAACCUUGAUAAGGAUACAGUGUGUGUCAGGACCAGAAAUGGGAAGGUAUUAGGAGAUAUCCUCAUUAAAGUAGACACAAAACCAGCGGCCAAGAAUGAAGACCUACAAAAUGAUAUCUUUCAAGCAGGACGCCUCAUUCAUAUCAUAGUUUACAAGGUCAUCAGACGAAAUGAAAACAUGACUGUAAUUGAAAAUUAAUUAUCCCAGUUUCUUACGUUUCAAAAUCAAACUUUUUAACGUAACUUUUUCGUUUAUUGCUGUUGUUUCAAAUAUCAAUGUUUUGCUUUAUUUUGUUUUAUUUUUAUUAUUAUUAUUAUUUUAUGUAUAUAUUAUUUUUAAUAUUUAGGGAAUGCCAUUAAAUGAUUCCCUGUAGUUUCUAUUAUUAAACAUUUUUUAUAUGUAUACAUGAAAAUCAAGUCGAAAAUUUUAACACUUAGGUAACAUUCUUUGAGAAAAAAAUAUACAUACAAAGUGUGCAUUUUUAAAAGAAAUUUGUAUUUUAAAAAUGUGUUACUUCUUUAAGGUUUUCGUCUGUGCAUGAGCAUGAGUGUUUCAUGCAUGUCAACGGCUCCCAUUACACGACAGGCUAAUUAUAAAUAAGUGUAUGAUAUGGUUAAAUACUAAGAAUCAUUCGAAUUUAUGUUCGUUUUUCAGAGAUAAUUAUUUUUCUACUACAGUCAGAAAAUACUCAAGUAUAUAGUUGUUUUUUCUACCAUAAUUGCCUGUGUUUUAUUUUCUGCAAAACAAACUGUUAUUUCAAUAGUAUUUAUGGCCAAAAAUGAACAACAAACAUUUUAUAUGAUAUAAAGUGCCAUUUUGCAAAUCUCUUUAUGCAAAAGAAACAUUGACAUAGAUUCUCAAAAGCUAUGAUUUCAAAGUCUGUUUAUUUAUAUGAUUUGAAUGAAAAUCAUUCAAAAAUUAGAAUUUUACUGUUUCCGGAAUUUGAUAAGUGAGAAAAUUCCUUUAAUUUUCUUAAGUAUUAAUGUUGUUUGUUAACUUAUUAUAUUACCUUUAUAUUGUUUUGAAUAUAGUUAGUUUUGUUUUGUUCUUUGGUAUAUCACUUUUGUUUGUAAUAUUUCUUUUUCAGAUUUAAUCAUUUGCGAUUAAUUAACUUAUUUGUGUGUAUUAAAGUCAUGUGUCUAUCUCAAUCUGUAUAUCUAAAUCUUACAAUAAAGUACUGUCCUUGUCAA